CUCUCUCUCUCUCUCUUCCAAGGUGAAUUACUACGUCAACUGUUAUUAUAGUCAGUUCGCAGGUGAGAGCGCAUACAAGAGGAAGUCAGUGGACAGGGACAACUCAUGUGAAGGAACUGCAUUCUUACAAACAUGGCUACCAACACCACAGAUAUCACUGAACUGAACGACAAUUUGAACGACCUAUUCCUGUUGAUAAAUGGAAUAAUUCUCAUAUUGAUGCAGAUUGGGUUUGCGGGCCUGGAGGCUGGGGCAGUGCGGGCCAAGAACACAACGAACAUCAUGAUGAAGAAUAUCAUGGACAUCUCUUUCAGCUGCGUCAGCUACUGGCUCGUGGGGUACGCCCUGGCUUACGGAGAAGGGAACUACUUUUUGGGGUACACGUACUGGGCCGGAGAAGGGCUUCCGGCCGCCAAAAGGGCCCACUGGUUCUUCCAGUUUGGAUUCGCCGCUACUGCUGCCACCAUAGUGUCUGGAGCCGUGGCAGAGAGGUGCAACUAUGUUGCUUACAUCGUUUACAGUAUUACCAUCUCUGGGUUGAUCUACCCUCCCAUCACACACUGGGCGUGGACAGAAGAAGGCUGGCUGAACAAACUGGGGUACGUGGAUUUCUCAGGCAGUGGGCCGAUCCACUUGCUAGGGGGUGUCUGCUCCUUCUUUGCUGUCAUCUUCCUGGGCCCACGACUGGGGCGAUUUGGUGCAGGAGACAAAGAAAUCGUGGGACACUCCGUUCCGCUGACGGGGAUAGGAGGAAUGCUUCUCAUUGUGGGAUUCCUGUCGUUCAACGGGGGAUCCCUAGGGACCAUCACAAACGCGGGAGACAGCGCGACUGUGGCCCGAGUCAUGAUCAACACUCUUCUCGGUGCAAGUGGAGGCAGUAUCGUAAUCCUAGCCUUAACCAAGGCUGGAUUCUUUGGUCCCGCCACCUGGAACUUCAGCCUCACACUGAACGCUGCUAUUACGGGCAUGGUGUCGGUGUGUGCAGGCGUCAACAGGAUGGAGUUUUGGGCGAGUUUCAUCUCCGGAGCCAUUGCUGGACUCGUCUUCGUAAUGAUUCACUAUUUUAUGCUCAGGUGCAAAGUUGACGAUCCGCUGGAUGCAGUGGCUGUUCAUUUCGGCGGUGGAUUCUGGGGUCUCGUAUCAGCAGCUCUGUUCGCUCAUGGAGGGAUAGUAUACGGUGUCAACAAAGAAUCUGGCCUGUUUCUAGGCUACGAGAUGCUUGGCGCCUGCGCCAUUAUCAUCUGGGGAGGGGCGACGUCCAGCGUCAUGUUCGGGAUCCUGAAGCUGCUCGGGAAACUUCGGGUCAGCGAAGAGGAGGAACGGAAAGGACUGGACAUUGCCAUGCACAAUGAACCAGGAUAUCACCCGAUGGGAUGGGAAACCUUCCCCCCGGUGUCUCGUCAGACAUCGCACGUUACUCAGGAUGCUCGCGACAGUCAAAAAAACGCAUACAGACUUCGGAAUUCCGACUUCACAAAUCAAGCAUUCCUGAGCACGGAAAACGGCGGAGACCCGCAUCCUUCUGAAUUCUCAGUCAGAAUGUGACCGGAAGUGAGACUUCUGUCUACGACAAAUGGACACGUCACUUGCAGCGAUCGGACUGAUAUCUUCGUCCAGUCACUGGACUACUCCGUGAACAUGUGUGUUGUGUUACGAGUCCACUAGCCGAUACAUGGAACGCAAACUGUCACAUUCGUAUGUGAUGAACCUUUUAAGAGGCCACGAAGUUACCUUACGGAAAAAGCUAGUGAGGCUGUGAUCGGAAAAUUUCAGUAUAAGACAUUCGUGCAUCAUUAACCAGUAAUGAGAAGUUUCAGAAUUAAUAGACUACCUUCACGAAAUAUUAAUAGUGGCCACAUCAGGUGUGAUGGUCUUGACACGUGACACCAUUUGCUGUAGAUGUACAGGUUUGUAAUAAAAAUUAUUUCAAAACCUGUUA